GUGUUUAGUUUUUCAAAACAGAAGAUAAGUAGAAAAGUAUCCCUUCGGACCAACCGAAUAUCCUUCCCUCGCUGCGAGCCUCUGAGUCGUCGUCUUCGCAGUGACUCUGCCUCUACCAAGCCCUACAAAUUGCAAGCAAGCCUUCCGAUCCCUCUACAGCUAUAGCCAGAGCAAGGUGUUUGCCUAUACCUCUGGGAAAAACCAAUCAUUGCUAAUAUGGCGCAUUUACUUUCGACUUCUUACUCCUUAAAAAUCUCUGGCAGCAAACCUUACACUUUGCCAUCGAAUCAAGGCUUAAUAGCAUUUCCAACAUCAUUUGGUUCGCAAACAUCCAAGUUUCCUUCUAGAGGGCUUGUUUUGCGAGGAAAGAAGCCACAAAGAUGCUAUACCAUUCAUGCAUCUGCUCUAAGCCAAGAAGUCCAAGCAAAAUCUAUCUCUGGCUCUCAGGAAACCUCUAAUGAACCAUCCAAGCCAAAGCGUGUCAUGGUCAUUGGUGGUGAUGGCUACUGUGGUUGGGCCACUGCCCUCCACCUAUCCAACAAAAAUUAUGAAGUUGCUAUAGUUGACAGCCUUGUCCGUCGCCUCUUUGAUCAUCAAUUGGGUCUUGACUCCCUUACCCCCAUAUCUUCCAUCCAUAACCGCAUCCGUCGUUGGCAUUCUCUUACUGGAAGAACCAUGCAGCUCUACAUCGGUGACAUAUGUGACUUUGAGUUCUUGUCUGAAACCUUCAAGUCAUUUGAACCUGAUGCAGUCGUCCAUUUUGGGGAACAACGAUCUGCCCCUUACUCCAUGAUUGAUCGUUCAAGAGCCGUGUUCACACAGAAUAAUAAUGUAACUGGAACACUAAAUGUUCUCUUCGCUAUAAAAGAAUUCAAAGAGCAGUGCCAUCUAGUGAAGCUGGGAACCAUGGGAGAAUAUGGAACCCCAAACAUUGAUAUUGAGGAGGGUUAUAUAACGAUUACUCAUAAUGGAAGAACAGAUACUUUACCUUAUCCAAAGCAAGCUAGCUCUUUCUACCAUCUCAGUAAGGUCCACGAUUCAAAUAAUAUAGCCUUCACCUGCAAGGCUUGGGGGAUCCGAGCCACUGAUCUGAAUCAAGGAGUGGUUUAUGGAGUGAAGACAGAUGAGACUGAAAUGCAUGAAGAGCUUUAUAACAGGUUUGAUUACGAUGGAGUAUUUGGAACUGCAUUGAACCGCUUCUGUGUUCAGGCUGCUGUUGGUCAUCCGCUUACCGUGUAUGGCAAAGGGGGGCAGACCAGGGGAUACCUUGACAUAAGAGAUACAGUUCAGUGCGUUGAGGUGGCCAUUGCCAACCCAGCGAGUCCUGGUGAGUUUCGAGUCUUCAAUCAGUUCACCGAGCAGUUUUCUGUCAAUGAACUUGCCAACCUCGUUACAAAAGCGGGAGAGAAGCUUGGGCUUAAUGUGCAAACCAGAUCUGUGCCUAAUCCAAGAGUCGAGGCAGAGGAACAUUACUACAAUGCUAAGCACACAAAACUCCUUGAAUUAGGACUCAAGCCACACCUUUUGUCGGAUUCCCUUCUGGAUUCUAUUCUCAACUUUGCUGUGAAGUUUGAGGAUCGUGUUGAUGUAAAACAAAUAAUGCCAAAUGUUUCUUGGAGAAAUAUUGGAGUCAAGCCUAAAACUGUUGCUGCAUAGUUGAGUGCUAAAUAGCAGGGUUUGAAUGUGAGAAUGUUGUUUUGUUAAAUUUUCUUUUCUGUGUAAGUUAGGCAGCAUUUUGCCUAAUUUGAAAUCUUCAUAUGAACAUUAGUUGCUUAGCAUACUGUUGUAUCUGAAAAUGUUGAAGCAAAACAAAUAAUGCCAAAUGUUUCUUGGAGAAA